UUCAGACAAUCAAAGAGAAAUAUCAACAGUCACCAAUCCAGAUGGGAUUAGUAUCAAAUGUUCUGGAUUGGAUCCUGGGACCUCUACCAGCAAAGAUAAUACUGCUGGGUCUAGACAACGCAGGGAAGACGACAAUUUUAUACAAAAUAAAGCAGGGGCAAGUUAUCAAUACUAUUCCUACAGAUGGAUUCAACGUCAACAUAAAUACUGUCACUCAUAAGAGCGUAAACUUUACAGUGUACGAUAUAGGAGGUCAAGAUUCAAACAGAGAUUUGUGGUAUAAUUACUAUGAGGAAGUUGAAGCUGUUGUUUAUGUGGUGGACAGCUCGGAUAAGAACAGGAUGGAGGAGAGCAAACUACUCUUAGAGUCAAUACUUAGGCAUGAACUACUGUACAACUGUACACUGUUGGUGCUGAACAACAAGGAUGACCGGCUAGGAACCUGUUCUAAUGAAGAGGUUGCAUCACAGCUGGGUCUAAACCAGUUUAAUGACAGAGAUCUAACUAUACAGUCAACCUGUGCCUUGAGAGGAGAAGGGGUCUGGGAAGGGUUGGAUUGGUUGGCGAAAAAUAUAAAGAAAAAGAAAAAAAGGCAGCUGUUCUAAAUAUGAAUUAUGUUUUAAUGUUGAGCUUUUUGGA